AUGAGCGACGACCAAGCAAGGAUCGAGCGACGCCGCAAUCGCGGCCGCGCCGCACAGAGCGCCUUCCGCAAGCGCCAGUCGCAGGCCCGUCAGGACAUGCUGGAAGAGAAUUCCAGGCUCAAGCAGGCCCUCGAGAGCAUAAUGGGCGAGAUCAGCGAGAACGACCGCCCCGCACUGCGGUCCCUGGUCCGGGAUGCGGCCGAGCUUGCCGGCGUUAGACCGGGUCCCGGCACACCAGCGUCGGGCGGCACCCGGAGCAGGUUCAGGAUAUCAAAUAUACCCUUUUUGGACCCUCAUAGUUCUGCAACAUCGAAUCUGCAUUCGGCAUCAGCUUUGAGAGAAGAUGGCUGGCUCGCUGCCGAUAGCGAAGAAGCCCGAGCCGACCAAGUCAGCGCACUCAUCAGACAAAGGCUACCUCACACGAGCGUCAGUCGAGACCCAUUCCAGUACUACCGCUGCGAGCACGGAGCUGCUACAGUCCUCCCAUUCCUCGGGAUGGGCGCCCUGACGAUUUCAGGGCGGAUCUUCUGGCAUCUGACCGAAAAGUUCGAAGCAGCUCUGUACGGCGACCUAAUCAGUCCGCGGAACAGUCUCGAGCACUCCACCACGGCGGCAGAGCCCCCACCCAGGCUAGUCGACCUGCUGCGGAGGUCCAAGUCUAUGCAACACACGGAGCCGUACCAGUGGAUCGCGAUGGUGGAUGAGCGCGUGGACCUCGCCCGACGGGAGGCAGCCCGCGAUGGGAUCGAGCAUCCUUCUCGCCUGGAGACGCUGCAAUUCCCCAUUAUCGAUCACGACACGCCCUCUUCCACAGGGUCCGGCAUUGACUGGCUGUCGCCCAUCACCGCCGAGAAGCGGAUCAGAGAGAUUGUCGGCGAUGACGUCUUUGCCGUGCUGGCGACGCCCGCACUUGACCGAUGGGAGGCGAGGCAUAACCAUAGACACGAGUCGCAACAGAGCGAGGGAGCGGACCUCAUCGAGAGUUUCUUAGACAUCCUCUCUAAUUCCUUUGUUUGCUUUGGAGACGGCCCGCGGUGGGCGAGGGCCAAGUUUGAUGAUUUGUUGAGGGCAUGGUGUCUUUCACUCAUUGACAAGCAAGCGGUACAGGGAUGA